UCUGCCCCCAGUGCCCGGCUCCCUCUCCGGGGACCGGCCUCGGACUCUGCCAACAAGGCCGGGCUCCCCUCCUCCUUCCCCUCGCGCUGCCUCUCUGCCGGAAGUGUGACGUUUCCCGGUGCCGCCGCUGGUCUCGCUGCAAGAUGUCGAACCCAGGCAAGCAGGACAUUAGCUCCAUCUUCAAGCGGCUGCGCGCCGUUCCCAGCAACAAGGCAUGCUUUGACUGUUCAGCGAAGAAUCCUAGCUGGGCGAGUAUUUCCUAUGGCGUUUUUCUUUGUAUUGACUGCUCUGGGACGCAUCGAUCACUUGGCGUUCAUUUGAGUUUCAUCAGGUCCACUGAAUUGGAUUCUAAUUGGUCCUGGUUUCAACUGAGAUGUAUGCAAGUUGGUGGAAAUGCAAAUGCUCAUGCUUUCUUCUGUCAACAUGGUUGCAGCACUAAUGACACCAAUGCAAAAUACAAUAGCCGUGCUGCCCUACUUUACAGAGAGAAACUCAGGACACUGGCAGUUGCCGCAACAAGAAAAUUUGGAACAGAGCUGUGGAUCGAUGAUUUUGGAAAUCCACCUUUAUCUCCUCAGAAUAAAGACGAAGACUUCUUUGCCUCUCACACUACAUCAGCCAGUGUUAAAUCAUCGGAUCAGAUCACUGACUCCACCCUUUCAGAAUUGAGCUCUUCUGAGAAAACACAGCAGGCAGACAACAAUGGUGAGCCGGAGCAUGGGCCAAAUGUUGAUUGCCUCAGCGUGUCUCCUAAGGAAGCAUUAGCUGACUCAAUGAGUUUAGUUUCUGCAGGAGUCACACCUAACAAAGAUGUCAAGUCCUCUAUCAUAACCAAAAAGAAGUCUGCAACAAAGAAAAUGCUGGGUGCUAAGAAGGCUGGUUUAGGUGCACAAAAAGUAACGAGUCACAGCUUCAAUGAAAUAGAUAAACAGGCUCAGGCUGCAGAUCGAAUGAAAGAACAAGAAGACUUGAAUAACAAGAAAAAGCUUGAGAUGGAAGAAUCUGUAGUUUCGUCUCUUCGUCUUGCAUACCAAGACCUGGAAAUACAAAGAAAGAAGGAAGAAGAGAAGAUGAAGCGAAUGGAAGGCAAAAAGAAGGAACAAGCAGAACGACUAGGCAUGGGACUCAGCAGUAGAACUGGAGUUUCCCAUUCUGUAUUAUCAGAUAUGCAAACUAUAGAACAAGAGACUCCAACUAUUGCAAAAUCAUCCAGGAGAAAAUAUGAUGAUGAUGAUGAACCAGCAUUUACUACUUCUCGUUCCAGGUAUUUUGAUGAUCCACUGGAUAUGGGAGGGCCAUUUUCAAAGUGGGACGACAACAGUGAUUCAUUUUGGAAGACAGAAAGUAGCAGUAGAGAGAAGGAGGCAUUUACUUCAAAAAUGUCAUUAAGCGACGGGCCUGCACGUCGUAAACCAGAAAUGGAUUAUGGAGUGAUCUCUGAAGAAGCACAAAAGAAAUUUGGCAAUGUCAAAGCCAUAUCUUCAGAUAUGUAUUUUGGGAAGCAGGGUCCUGCAGAGUAUGAAACCAAAACUCGACUGGAUCGAUUUGCAGGAAGUUCAUCCAUCAGCUCAUCUGACUUGUUUGAAAAUGAAAAGAAACAAACAUCAGCUAACGUGUCUCUGACCAACGUCCUACCAUCAGCUCCUGAUAUGGCACAGUUUAAGCAAGGUGUUAGAUCUGUGGCUGGGAAGCUUUCUGUGCUGGCUAAUGGAGUGAUGACUUCCAUUCAGGAUCGAUACGGCUCCUAACUGGAUGUAGCAAUAAAACGAAAUGAAUAUGAAACCUUUCAGGAGUGAUUUACAUUUGGGUGCCCAAUACACCUUUGAUUAUAAACAUAUUUUGAAGGAUUAUUCAUUUAACAUGGAAAUGUUUUGUCACAGUUUUGAUGCUUAUUUUGCAUCUACUGAUGUCUAUUCUUGGUCCUACUUGAGUUUUCCCAGAGUUAGAUUGUUUCCAGUAAAACUUUGCUUUGAAAAGAGAGGUUGUGGGAAUAACUCCAAACUAGGAUGGGGAAAUUACUUUUCAGUCAUUAGAAUGAGAAUUUAUUUCUUGUUUAGAUGAGGCAGGAAGGUAUAAGUAUGUAGAGCUUUAGUUAGUUUGGGAAAAGGGUGCAAUAUUCAAUAAAAAAUGAAAAUGCUAUACAGAUAUAUAUUAAAAUAUGGGUAAAUGCACAAUAAAAAGUGCUCUUAUAAAUUGGGUUUUGCUUCUUAAAAAAAGUGUUUGUAUAACUAAAACACUAGUCUGAACUCUGAGAAAGUGAUUGUGUCUUUUUAUAUAUGGAGUGUUUAUUGGAACUGAUCGAUUAAACAAUUGUAAGGUAGAAUUGUUUGUUUGUACUUCAAACAGAUGAUAUGCCAAAUCCCCUUGUUAGUUCUUAGAUCUAGUCAGUAGAAAAUUGAAAACUGAAAAGUUUAAACUAUUCAAAGACUACAGUGCACCAUGUUAAGAAUUAGAGGCAGUUGGAAGGUGAUCGCUAGUUAUUUCUGUUCACAGCAGAAACCUGUGCAGUGUGCUUUAUGGAAACCAAUUAUUUCUACUCAUGGGACCAAUUAAAUGUAAAUGAUAAUAUACUGUUGUUGUAUAUUGUAAUGAAUCUUUAAUUUUGAAUCAUUAUGUUUAAAUUGCAAAUUUUACUGGUGGCAAAAAGCUGGACUGAGAUUUGUAACAUGUAUUUCUAAUAAAAAAAAGACACAUUUGCUUCAUGUAAGUGAUUCAGUACUGAGACUGAAUUAAGUAGUAGGAAACCCCAAGCAAUAAAUGGAUGAUUAUAAGAUUUCAACAAGUGAAUGAUUUAAAUGUAUUGCAGAUUUGGACUAAAAUACCAAAGUUCAUCUGUUGGAAAGAUGCAUUAAAGUGUUGGCAUCUGAUCAGCUGAACAACAGAAUAGAAGCAUUAUUAAAAUACUUAUCUAACAAAAACCAAGCAUACCUUGCGCAAAGAAUGUUUCCUGUUGUGAAAAUAAAUUUCUCUCCUGGGAAAAAAUAAACAAGCACUAGUUUGGAAGUUGUCAUUCAGAAGGCAGGGGAGGGGGGUACUUAGAGAGUGACAUUGUUGCCAAUAAAAUGUUUUGUGUGUGUGAAGAUUAACAGUUGCAUCACUGCAUUAAGGUGGGAAAGCAUGCUGGCUGAAUCAGAACCAUCAGCUGAAGAAUAAAGUAUUUUGCCUGUCCUUGCUGUCUUGUC